CACUGCUGCUGCGCAAUCUUCAUUCUUUAUUCUUCAGUUGAAAAUGGCUGCUUGAAAGUUGUAUCCAGUAUUCGUUACAGCAAAAAUGUGCCUUUUUACAAUGGAAACUUUGAUUACAAACGCGAAAGACGAAAGAGGUAAUGCUAACGACACAUUAAAAUUGACAAGUGACAAGAAAACUAUAAAAAAACAUUCGGAUCAAACCUCGAAAAGACUUUCUACAAGUGAGAAAAAUUGCCCGAACAACGAUCACAAUUGUCACGUUUACGAAGGUUGUUCUUGCUGCUCCAGAAGAGGCAGCACUUUGUCUAACGGGAAGCUGAUUUGGCGGAUCGCAUGCUGAUUUUGGAGAUGGAAAUCUCACCUAGGCGUUCAAUGUCCUUGGACCUGGAUAUCUCGGUUGUGUCCCCAACAGCGUCGUCUUAUCCACCGACUUACGUCGAGUUACGAAAUUGGCGUGCCAAGAUGUACACGAUAAAGUCAAAUCCUGAGGUGAAACUUCAAAAGCCCUACAGAACAAUCAGCUCGUUGAGCGUCGAUUCUCCAUCAUUGAAAGCCCCAGAGACAAGGAAAGAAAAUAUUUUCACGAGUAUGUUCGGAGCUCUCACAAGCAUCGUCGUAGAACGCUUUGGCAAAGUUCCAAGCACCUUUAUGUCAAAUAUUCACAAUACCCUUUCUGUGACUGUUGUACCAAACGAAGGUAUAAUAUCACAAGAAUUCUUUAAAAAUUUGACGCGAAACUGCGAGCAAUUGGCGAUCGAGCAAAACAAAGAUUUAAUUGAAAAUUCGAGAAUUACAGAAAAAUUACAAAACAAGAGUAUGUACGACUUUGCGACCCCCAUGUCUUACGUAUUCACCAAUGAUAUGAAAAAAAUACCCCUGUCAACAAAGGUAUCGUUGAAUUCUGAAGGCAACAUCACGAACGAACUAGAUUGGUGUCGAAAUAUCAACGAAACUACUAAAUUAUCAAAGAGUCCUAUCGUUCCCACAGAAAUAUUCAAUGAAUUGGAUGUUAUAAUACCCCUCAAAAGCUCGGAAAAAGGACCUCAAAAUUGUAGUGAAAACAUUUUAACGUCAAGGGUCAAUACAAUGGAAGGAGAAGAAAUUUCUAUGCCGCCUCCUAAACCGGAUGAGUUGACCGAAGAAUUGACGGAUUCCAAAAAAAUUAAUCCUGCGAUGUCUACAGCACACGAAACACAGGAAGAUCAGAACACUGCGAAAAUUGCAGAGGAAAGAUACUGCAAUCGAUGGCAAGCGAUGUGGGACAAAGUUGUAAAUGGAAUGUCCGAGCGAUUCGGCACAACAAGGGCUGUCUCGCCGGAUUCAGAAGUACCUACGAAAAAGCCUAAUUUAUCCAAACCAUCAAGAAGAAAAACUUGCACGAUCGCUCGUAUACGUGGUAAAGGACGAGGUAAAUCGCAGUUACGAAGAAAUGGUGUGAGCCAGUCGAGACAUCGAAAAGAACGAACAAAACAAAACAUUUAUUCAAACAUUCAAGAUGAUUUGAACGCUUGGGAGGACGAGGAUGAGCGUUACGCGGGAUCUGAGGACGAUGAAUCAUCGGUCAGUGAACGUUCCACUGAUCAAGUUGAUUCUGCGUCUUUCGACCCACGUGAUCAGCCUAAUUCAUCAUUGUCCCGUCAUUGUUCCACACUUUUCGAAAAUUUAUCCUUCGACGUUACGUCACAAGCGCGAAAACAAAAACAGGGCUUGCGUAACUCCCCGUCGAACUGUCCAAUGCGCGUUAGAUACGUGCCCGAAUCUUCUAUGGAAGUGGAGAACCACAAUUCGUCGUACAGCAUCGAUAACAGUUGUGCAUCGCGGUUGGGGGAAUAUCGGCCAAGAUUGGUAUCCGAAAGUUCAGUCGACUCGGAGGAUAGCUACUGCAUUGUUUUUGAAAAUGGCUCGGAAUCUGAAUAUACUGAUUAUGAUGACGAUGAAGUCAGUGAUACAGAGAGCGAUGCCACAACUGAUGACGAUAUUGGCGAUGAUGGGAAACAAACGUUGAGAGUCCGAUUUAAUCUCGAGCCUCAAGUACACACGAUGAUUAAGUGGAAUUACGCUUAUCGGGCUGCGAGACGUGGGCCCUGGGAAGAAAUGGCGCGUGAUCGAGAGCGUUUCCGAGGUAGAAUACACAGAACCGAAAGAAUUUUAUCUCCCAUACUAUCGGUCCAGCAUCGAAAUCAAAUCUGGCAGAAACGUUUCGACGUCGACGAAUAGCAUUUUGGUGAAUCGCCUCAAAUUUUUUUAACGCAAACACAACAGUGAUUAUAAGUCAUUAUCACCAAUCACUAUUGUCGGCAAAACCAAUGAGUAACCUACACGAAAAUAAACAACAAUACAAAUCUGUGUGAUAUUUCAUGAAACGUGUUGCGAUAAAACACAAGCGAAACGUCGUUCAAACUCAAGUAUUCAUCUUGACAAUAUUACACAUUAAUUUCAUAUCUCGAGCAUAGAUAUUUACCAAGCAGUUUAAUGAUUUGACCCUGUUAUAACUAUUCGAAAUUGAGGCAAAAACAAACGAAAGAAAAUAGCUACAUAAUUAACUUACGCUUCUUUUAAAGAAAAAUUUAAGGAAGAAUUCCAUGCUCGAACGUUUGUCAUCCUUCGCAGGCGCAGCACAUCCUUCAACCAAGUUUUGUCCGAGUAAAUUAAGGGGGGUGGGGGGGUUGUUAUAUUAAACAUGAAAAAUGUGUUGUGCUCAGUCAAAUAUUUCGUUUUUCAUACGACUGUAAAUAUAUCAGGAAUCUACGUGUGUUUUUGAUUCUAGUAAAAUUGGGUUAAGGUGAAAUAAUCGGGUUAAAUUUAUUAUUAACGAAAAAAACAAAAAAAAACAUAAUUAAUAUAUAAUACAUUUACGCUUACCUGUACAUUUAGUUUUGUCUGUAUAAAAAGAAGGUGACCGUAGAGACGACGAGAUUUCGUGGGAGAUAUGCGAAAGCUCGUGUAUUCUUUUAAAGGCUUGAAGGGAUCGAAAAACCAUCGGCGCGUCCCCAUUGCUGAAGUUUUUUCAUAACCAUAUUUAUCAUAUAGCUAAUUCAAAGGAAUCGGAUAACUUUAAACGAUAGAAUUUCAUUAAUAAAUCGCUGCUUCUGUACAUAUAUAAAUAUAUAAAUACACUUAAGGAUAAAUGUUUGUAAAGUGUAAUUUGUCGAAGGUUAGGAUUGAUAAAGACGAAGAAUUUGUGCAGAUAUGUGCCUUUUUAUCCUAUACGUAUAAAUAAAUAUAUGGCACGAGAUAAAAAAAUAAAUAAAAUUAAAAUUAAAAAGAAGAAUUUUUCCAAGACGAGUUCAGAAUAAGGAACACGAUUGUUGAAUCCAAAUGACAAAAAAACGUACACAUGUGAACGAUAUUUCAUUAUUGCAAUUCGUUGUCUUUCACGUGGUUUACGUCCCCAUAAAUUCAUUGCAUUUCGUUGCUCGACGCCGGUAUUGGGGUACAUGAGAGAUUGCAGAACUAAAUAAUUUAUUCACGACACUUGCAUUCUUACUGCUAUCUCUAUUGCAUCCGGCCGAUCUGCAUAAAUUCUUUUAUAAAAAUAUGUUUAUCAUUAACGUUCUAUAUCUAUAAUGUAUUUAGUUGUUUAUUAAUAAACCCCGCAUACAUAACAAA